GUCACUCGAGCAGACACUGCUGCGCGCUGGCCAAGACUCUCGCAUCUCUGAAACAAAAUCUUCUCUUUUACACUUAAAAACAAACGGAUUGACACCGUCAAGAGCAAUACAAUAUUUCCAGAAUCCUGUGCCGCUGCGCGGAGACCGACAAAGGGCGAGCGAAACUGUUGUUUUGAACUGUCUUUUUGUUCUGAUAGUGAAUCUUGAUUUGUUUAUCUUUCAGUAGUUUAUCAGGGAAUGGUCGCGAGAAUCUUUUUUGAAGAGGGCGCUGCGCGUGUGCGUAAACACACAGGCGUCUCAAGUGUCGGGUGCGCGCUAAUGAAUAGACUUCACUGAAUGGAUUUUUAUAUUUAGAGCUUUAAUGCGCCUCUUAUCCCAGCCGGAAAUAGUGGACAGCGGGGCAGAAACGGACGCACUCGGCAACCUCGCGGCAUGGCAUUUUUAUGACAUUUGAAGCUCUUAGAAUCCAAGCGGACAGCUCGGACAGGAGACGCUGACCGAUUUUUAUGUGCUUUCUAACGGGUUCCGGUGCGCUAACGUGGUGUAAACUCCAGCCGGUGACAAAAUGAUGGCUGGCGGGGCAGUUCAGCAAAACGGGAUCUUCUCUACUCCUCAGCACCUCUCACAGUCGCCACACAUGGACCCGGAUCUCCCCGAUUCCCGAAAGAGACCGUUGGAUACACCGACCGAGGCGAGCAGCACCAAGCGCUCCAACACCGGCGAGGAGGGUGAAUAUUUCCUGAAGGUGUUGAUUCCCAGCUAUGCCGCUGGUUCAAUCAUCGGUAAAGGGGGGCAAACCAUCGUGCAGCUUCAGAAAGAGACUGGAGCCACUAUCAAACUGUCCAAAUCUAAAGACUUCUACCCAGGUACAACGGAGCGUGUUUGUUUGAUUCAGGGUACGGUGGAAGCUCUGAAUGGAGUUCAUAACUUCAUCGCUGAAAAAGUUCGCGAGAUGCCUCAGAGCAGUCAGAAGACCGAACCAGUCAGCAUUCUCCAACCACAGACUACUGUUAACCCUGACCGUGUUAAACAGGCUAAACUGAUCGUGCCCAACAGCACAGCAGGACUCAUCAUCGGUAAGGGUGGGGCAACAGUUAAGGCUGUGAUGGAGCAGUCGGGAGCCUGGGUACAGCUUUCUCAGAAACCUGAGGGCAUCAAUCUGCAGGAGCGUGUCGUGACAGUGAGUGGGGAGCCAGAGCAAAACCGCAAGGCCGUGGAGAUCAUUGUUCAGAAGAUCCAGGAGGACCCACAGAGCAGCAGUUGUCUCAAUAUCAGUUACUCCAACAUCUCCGGCCCUGUGGCCAACUCCAACCCAACCGGAUCCCCCUUCGCCAACUCUACAGAGGUGUUACCCAACGCCGCAGCAGCAGCUACAGCCUCCACGCUCCUUGGCCAGGCGAGUCUCGCGGGCAUGGGUGGGUUCCCUACGGCCAUGUCAAGUCUUUCUGGUAAUGAUCUGCUUGCCAUUACAUCUGCUCUGAACACUCUGGCCAGUUAUGGCUACAAUACCAAUACACUGGGCCUUGGCCUCAACCCGGCCGCUGCGUCUGGGGUUCUUGCUGCCGUUGCAGCUAGCGCCAAUCCAGCGGCUGCAGCUGCUGCCAAUCUGCUUGCUACAUAUGCCAGUGAGGCUUCUGGAGGGGGCGGCCACCCUGCCGCACCUAGCUUAGGGGGCUUCUCACUGGGCUCCCUAGCAGCCGCCACAGGGGCGUCUAAUGGUUACCUGAAUCCCUCAGCCCCGCUGGUGGCAUCAUCUUUGCUGGGCACAGAGAAGCUGGCAGAAGGUGGAAAGGAGGUGGUGGAGAUCGCUGUGCCGGAGAACUUGGUCGGUGCUAUCUUGGGAAAAGGCGGCAAGACUCUCGUGGAGUAUCAGGAGCUGACAGGGGCACGGAUUCAGAUCUCCAAAAAGGGAGAGUUCAUUCCAGGCACACGCAAUCGCAAGGUGACCAUUACAGGGUCGCCGGCAGCAACGCAGGCUGCCCAGUAUCUCAUCAGCCAGCGAAUCACAUACGAGCAAGGCGUCCGUGCCACCAACCCUCAGAAGGUGGGCUAGGGAUGGACAGGAGUGGGGAGGGAAACAACGAAAGCAAAGGAAACCAGAGAGAAUGAAUAGAUGACUGAAUGAAUAAUAUAAUAUAGAGAGAACGGGAUGGGUUCCAGCAAGAAGUGUU